CUAUCAGUGAAUGAGGCCGUGAAGAAAUUUAACCGAUUAGCACGCCUAUGUCCAGAGCUGGUCAGUACCGAAAGAGAAAGGGUCAGACUAAUGCUGAAGAUGCUCAGAACCGAGAUAGCCCUAAAUGUGGCCAGCGGCGUUAAUAGACCACAGACCACCGAGGAAUUAAUUAGCAGUGCUCUGAUCACUAAACACUAUCAGAAGGCGAUGAAUGAGGGUAAGAGUCAAGUUCAGAAACCUCAACAUAACAGAACCAACUGGAAGGAAAACUCCAACGGUAAGAGAAAACAAUGGAGCAGUUCUCAGGGUGGUUCAGCGAACAAGCAACCUAUGUUUCCUCAGUGCACCACCUGCGGAAAGAAGCAUCCGGGAAAAUGCCGUGUGGGCACGAAUAAGUGCUACAGCUGCGGAUUGGAAGGACACUUGGCCAGAAAUUGUCCUACUCAGAUGCAGACACCUCAGCAGCAGAGUAUCCAGAACAGAGGUACCCCCUCACAGCUAUAUCUAAUGCAAGCUGCACUAGAAGGCCCUCAGAUUGGCCAAGGGAGACUGGAAGCCCCGCCAGCUAUGACGAAUGCCAGGAUCCAUUCCCUCACCAGAGAAGAUGGGACAAGUGCUUCGACGGUCAUUACAGAUAAAGGCAAGGAAUGGAUUGUUUAAGGGGAGCAGAGCAGGAAAGGCA